AUGAUUCCAGUCAGCAAAAGAGAUGAUAUAAAAGCCAUAGCUUCCAUCUCUGCUGGAAAUGAUGAAUUUAUUGGAAACUUAAUUGAUGAAGCCAUUGAUAAAAUCGGUCAUGAUGGAAUAAUUUCUAUUGAAUCAUCUUCAUCAAGUGAAACUUCUGUGAUUGUUGAAGAAGGAAUGAAGAUCGACAAAGGAUACAUGUCUCCUCAUUUUGUCACAAAUCAGAACAAUUUGUCUGUGGAAUUUGAAAAUGCUAAAGUCCUGAUAACAGAUCAAAAGAUAUCAUCUGUGAAAGAAAUUGUCCCAUUGCUAGAAAAGUGUACUCAAUUAAGUGUCCCUUUGCUCAUUUUUGCUGAAGAUAUCUCAAUCUCAGUUCUUGAAACCCUAAUUGUUAACAAAAAUCAAGGUUUACUUAGGUUUGCUAUUGUGAAAUGUCCUGGUGUUGGGGAACGAAAGAAAGCUUUACUUCAAGAUAUUGCCCUCGUGACAGGUAAUUCUGUAACAAAGGCUGUUUACAAGGGCUAUAUUGAUAAGAAUGUUUGGGUUGGUCUCAAAUCUUUGCCUGUUGCUGUUAAGGUUCUCAACAAGGAGGGUCUUCAAGGCCAUAGAGAAUGGCUUGUAUGGCUUUCAAGAAUGGAUGGCCACAUGGGAUUGGCUAACUCUUUAGCUUUAAAAUUAGUUGGAGUUACAAGUAACAUGCAUGAUCCAGUUGUGGAAUUAUUAGCAGGAAUGCAAAUGGAGGCUGAGGCUGACAGGGAAGCAGGGGGAAACAAGGGUGUUUCUGACAAGCAAAUUCGUUUAAAGAUUUUCUCUCCUAAUGUUCUUGACAUAACUCUGGCAUCAGAACAAUGA